CAUCCCAAACUAAUAACAAGUAUUACAUAAAUACAUACAUAUACAAGUUCAUAUUUCAAACAUAAUCGUCAAGACUCCAUUUGGAUUCUGUUUUGUGUAACGUAAAUACAGAGACAAUGGCCGAAGUUCAGAGCAUCCAUAUUCCUCGUGUGAAACUUGGUAACCAAGGCUUUGAGGUUUCAAAGUUGGGAUUUGGAUGUUUGAACCUUACUGGAGCCUACGCUGCUGGUGUUUCUGAAGAGGAAGGCAUUUCUAUUAUUAAACAUGCUUUUAAUAAAGGAAUCACCUUCUUUGAUACUUCUGAUAUUUAUGGACUCAAUGCUAAUGAAAUUUUGGCUUUAAAGCAACUCCCUAGGAAAAAGAUCCAGAUAGCUACAAAGUUUGGUGUUGAAAAGUUAGAUAUGAAUACUUUUGAUAUGAAGAUCAAUGGUACACCAAGCUAUGUACGCUCAUGUUGCGAAGCUAGUUUGAAACGUCUUGGAGUUGAAUACAUUGAUCUCUAUUAUCAGCAUAGAGUGGACACAACAGUCUCUAUAGAAGACACAAUGGGUGAACUUAAGAAAUUGGUGAAAGAGGGAAAAGUUAAAUACAUUGGAUUAUCUGAAGCUAGCUCGGAUACAAUAAAGAGAGCACAUGCAGUUCAUCCAAUUACUGCUGUACAAAUGGAAUGGUCACUUUGGACUCGUGAUAUUGAAGAAGAGAUAAUUCCUCUUUGCAGAGAGCUUGGUAUUGGAAUUGUACCAUACAGUCCUCUUGGUCGUGGCUUUUUUGGUGGCAAAGGAGUUGUGGAAAACCUUCCAGCUGAUAGUGUUUUGAAUACUCAUCCUCGCUACCAAGCACAGAACUUGGAGAAGAACAAGAAGAUAUAUGAACGAAUAGAAAACCUUGCUAAGAAGCACCAAUGCAGCCCUGUCCAACUGGCAUUAGCAUGGAUUCAUAUAUAA